AUGGAUUCAUCCGCAGAUGUCGUCUGGCAGUGGUUAAUACAUGCUCGAAAAUGGCCGGAAUAUUAUGACAACUCGUCGAAUGUUCAAUAUGAAAAUGAAAGUGGGCCUGUUUUGAAAUCUGAUACAGUGUUUAGAUGGAAAACAUUUGGUGUAAGUUUGAUAUCAGAAGUGAAAGAAUACGUUGAAAAUGAACGAAUAGCGUGGACGGGAAAGGCAUUUGGUCUUGACGUUUAUCAUGCGUGGUUAAUCGUGCCAAAUGGAAAAGGUGGUUGUAUAGUACGAACAGAAGAAGUUCAACAUGGUUUCGUUUGCCGGUUAGGAAAACUAUUUUUUCCCAGCAGAAUGCAUACACAACAUCAACAUUGGCUUGAACAAUUGGCCAUACAGUCAAAAACGGGCAAACCUACUUAG